AUGCCCGAGCUAACAAAUAUGGAUUUCACUCUUAAUUGGGGUGUAGCUGGAGUAGGCAUGAUCAGUCAUGAUUUUUUGACUGCAAUGACUGACUUACCGGCCAGUAAACACAAGGUCAUUGCUAUUGCUGGAAAGGACCUGAAUCGCGCUCACAGAUUGGCCACGUUGCAUAAUAUCAGUACCGCUUACGAAGGCUAUGAAUCGCUCGCCCAUGAUAGCUCUAUUGACAUCGUUUUCGUCAGUGUCAUGAAUUUACAGCACUAUGAAAUAACUAAAUUAAUGUUAGAGAAUGGUAAACACGUGCUUUGCGAAAAACCGAUGGGAAUGACGUACAAGCAGACAAAGUCGUUGGUGGAUUUAGCACGCGAAAAGAAAUUGUUUCUUCUUGAAGGGAUGUGGUCAAGGUUCUUUCCUGCUUACGACGCUUUAGAGAAACAUAUAUCCUCUGGUGGGCUUGGCGAAGUUUAUCAUGUUAACGUGCAGUUUGGGGUUGAGAUAAACGACGUUGAGAGAAACUUAAUGAAAGACUUGGGAGGUGGUGUGGUUAUGGACUUAGGCAUUUACAUGUUGCAACUGGUACAGUUCGUGUACAAGGAGCCGCCGAUUGACAUCAUGUGUACGGGGCACUUGAGUAAAACAGGCGUCGACGAGUCCGUUUCUUGCGCCCUUAAGUACAAGGACGGAAGGACGGCCACUAUAUCGGCUCACACACGCACCGCUAUGGCUAAUAAAGCGGAAAUAACUGGAACCAAUGGUACUCUUGCGCUGGACUAUUUCUGGUGUCCAACGGUGCUUCACAUAUCCGCCGCUAAUAACACCGAAUGGACGCUGCCUAAAGGGAAAUACAACUAUCACUUUCACAACAGCGCUGGCUUGAGCUAUGAGAUACAAGAGGUUUGGGACUGUUUAUCUAAAGGUCUGCUGGAAAGUCCAAAGAUGACCUUAGACGAGAGCGUUUUGUUUUCAAAAUUGACGGACACUAUGAGGGCACAAUUAGGAGUUCUAGAUGUAGUAUUGUAA